CGCACGCACUUCCGGUGACGCCUGGGCACUGACAACCUGUGAGCUCAGCAGCCCCUGCAAAGCCCAGCGGACCCGUCCGAGAGCCCAGCGACUCUGCAUAGGGUCCGGCCACCCCGCGACGAGCACAGCGGAGCAGGGGCAGCGCCAUGGACCGGGUGAAGUUGAUGAUGGCCUUGUUAGCCUGGCCGGAACUGUCUCCCGAUCGUCCGAGGAACCCCCUCCCGUUUCCCGAGCUCUUUGAUGGCGACACCGAACGCCUCCCGGAUUUCAUCGUGCAGACGGGCGCCUACAUGUUGGUGGACGAAAAGAUCUUUGACUGCGACGAACACAAGGUGACGUUCCUCAUCACCCGCCUCAAGGGCCCGGCCCUGGAGUGGGUGAUCCCUUACAUCGAGCAGGACAGCCCCCUGCUCUGGGAUUACAGCGACUUCCUGGCCGAGAUGAAGCGGGUGUUUGGUUGGGAGGAGGAGGACUUCGAUGUGUACAGCUCAGAGGACGAGGAGGACGAGGACGAGGACGAGAACGAGGACGAGGACGAGGACAAGAACGAGGACGAGGAAAAGAACGAGGACGAGAACGAGGACGAGGAAAAGAACGAGGACGAGAACGAGGAUGAGGACAAGAACGAGGACGAGAACGAGGAUGAGGACAAGAACGAGGACGAGAACGAGGAUGAGGAAAGAGGAUCACAAGUAGAACAGAGGAGCUGGAAAGAGCACAGGGGUUAUUGUGUUGAACAAAGGCACACACUCCAGAGAGACAGCUGCGAAUUCAUCAACUUCACCCGGUCCAUGGCGCUGCCCCUGCUCCGCUGUGCUCAUCGCGGGGUGGCCAGGCCCUGUGCAGAGUCGCUGGGCUCUCGGCGGGAGUUCAUCGUGCACAGGAUCUUCUACAUGUUCAUGGACAACAAGAUCUUCGUCAUCAACAGCGAUGAGCGCAUGGUGACUUUUAUCAUCAUCACCCACCUGAAGUUUUGUCAAACAAAAACUACAUCAGUUACUGUGCUUUUUCUAGAUCUACACUACACUUACGAAAGCCUUUUCCAUACUUUCACUUUAGGCCUCUUUAGGCGAAGCCUGCUGGAGAUCGGGGACAACCCGGAAGACCGCACCUCACCUCAACCCGGUUCCUCUACCCACACAGGCUAUGUAUGCCCAGGCCCUACGGGCCGUGGCCCGACCCCUUCAGAGAGCACUAUCUCUGGGUUGCCUGGCCGUCUGGCAAUCCCGCAGAACCAUUGA